CCGAAACAAGCAGUUUCGUUUUAGAAACCAAUAGAAAGAAGAAUGGAGGUCUACAGAUAGGAUUGAUUUGUCGCAAAUCUUACUUGAAGUUAAUAUGUGACAACAGGUUCAGAUAUAUAUGUGAAAGCCAUGAAUGCCAAGAUGUGAGCAAGAUUUAGGAAAAGAUUUACAGAUUAACAGACCAAAGUUACUGUACAGCGAUGGCGACAGAAGAACCAAUGGAAACAGAGGUGUUUGGAGGAUCGCAAGGAACAAAUCCUUCAACACAUCAUACAUCAUUUGCUACAGCACAAUGCGUUCCUCCACCCAGAUGGACAUUCAGUGGACUUGAAUUGAUCCUUUUGCUGUAUUUUUGCAAGAAAAGUUUUGACCAAUUGGUAAAAUUCAAAUAUGUGGAGUUACGACAACAAAUAGGUAUUCUGCAUGUUUAUAUUAUCAAAGAUGACUCUACCAAAUAUGUUGAAGCUGAAUUUAAAAGCAUGAAUUUGUUUUUGAAUGACCUCAUAAAAAACGAGAUUUCUAUUCCGAAUGAUGUACUGCUCCAUAGGAAGAAGAAAUUACAAGAAUAUGUUCAUAAAAAUAAUGGACAGCCAGAACAUCGCUGUUUUCUACAUCUUUCUGAUGAUUCUAGGACAUGUACACUGUUUGCAAAAAGAAGAGAUACAGACCUUUAUCAAUUCAGAUUAAAACAUCAAAUUGAUGACUGGAUGACAGAUAUUAAAAGGAGUGUACCUGAGGCAAUUUCAUAUCCGCAUCCAAACAUGAACACUGUUGCAAAUGACACACACUUGACAAGCAGUCGUCGUCCUCCGUCCUAUGCUGAUAGUGUUCGAACAAAUCCUAAAACUGUUCCUGCAAAUUAUCAAGGAAGCACCACAUUAGGAUCUAGCCAAAACAGACACGUGGCCAGUAGUAGCUUUUCCUCCCCACCAAUGUUCAGCUAUAAAGGUCUAGAUGUUCAUACAGUGCAUGGUUCAAUUACAAAGAUGAAAACAAAGGUGGAUGGUGUUAUCAAUGCCGCCAAUGACAGGUUGGAUCAUAUUGGAGGCGUUGCCUUCUACAUUGCAGAAGCUGCUGGAGAACGUAUGGAAGAACAUUGCAAGGAAAUCAUGAAGAAAACAAAGAAAAUUGCUGUGUCAGAAAAUGUUGUCACAACAGCUGGAAGGAUGAGAUGCAAAGGCAUAAUCCAUGCUGUUGGACCUAAAUGGGGGGAUUACCAAGAUAAACAUUGUUUGGAUCUGUUAGCAGAUACGGUUGAAAAAGCGUUGAUAACUGCAGAAAAGGAAUACUAUUCCGAAGUUGCAAUGCCUGCAAUAAGUGCAGGUAUUUAUGGAAUACCCAAGUCUUUGUGUGCUGCUAUGUACAUUAAGGGAAUCACACAAUUCUGUCGAAAGCCAAAGAGUGUUUCUUGGCUAACAUCAUUGUACAUAGUUGACAUCAGUGAUGAUAUACUUAACGAAAUACAGAAAGCGUACAGCAAUUGGGAGAAGGAUAAGAAAUCUAUAGAGCCAAGUGAACUGCUAAAGCAGGAAUCAUUGGUCAGACCAAGAAGCGCUUUUUCAAAAUCAAUGUCACUCAGAGGAUCAGCCGCCGGGGUUGGUGGCAAUGUAACAACUUUUUCUGGGAAAGGUUCAAGCCCCCUACAUGAACAGCAAUGGACCAAAGGUCCUGAUGAAUCAAUACCUGGACUAAUGGAUAAAGUGCGAUGCUACAAGACAGAUGAUGGAUCGUUCUGUGUUAAGAUCUACACUGGUAGCAUUACAAAAGUUAAAAGUCUUGAUGCAAUUGUUUGCACAGCAGAUACCUCCCUCUCAGGGCUUGGUCCUCUUUCAGAAGCUGUAGCUGAUGCUGGCGGCUACAGAUACAAUUCCAGUUUCUCAUCCCAGAAGCAAAAAUACCAUUCAAAGGCCAUCAAAGGCCAGGCUUUCGUGUGCUCUGCUGGGCAUUUGGCAGUGACACAUGUAGUUCACAUAGUAAUUGAACAACUUGUUGACACACAGCAUCAAAGUCUGAUUGAUUACAAAAACUUUAUUUUGAAUGGAUUGCAUUCAAUGAGUGGAUGGAAGAUGAGAAGUGUUGCUCUUCCACUUUUAGCUGGAGGAUUUGUUCAGCAUGACAAAGGAAGCAUUAGGAAAAUGUGCGACAUAUUGUAUGAGGCAGUCAUGGAUUUCCGCUUAAAAAGUGGACCAGGAAGAUCGCUGAGAGAGAUCCAUUUUGUGAACCGAAAACCAGAAAUCACUCAAGCAUUUGUCGAUUGCUUCAACCAACACCUAUCCAGUAUCAAAAAAACGCCCACUGGACCAGCACCAAGUGCAGGAGCAGGAAAAAGUACCAAGAAACUACAGCAUGGGGAAGCAAAUAGUUUUAGUGAAAGCAGUUAUGGCACAAAACUGAAGACACAUCGAGGGCAAGGUGAAGUAGGAAACUGGGCGUCAGUGAAGCAAGGCCAAAGACAUACACAAUCAAUGAUUCUACCAAAAAAGACAUCCUCAGAUGGAGGCACCUACAACAAGGCCAUUGAUGACCUAGGUUUUCUAAGCACAAACGGUGGUGGGCCAAACUUCCGUGGGAAUAAAGCACUUGUGAAAAAUGAAUUACGUGAAGAAGAAGAGAACUUGCAACUUAAGGAGAAAUGCAAGACACAAAAACCUGUUGUUCGCAAAAGGAUUCAGAAAAAUAUUUGUGCCGCCUGUGAUACAAAAUUGGAAUCGGACAAUGUGAGUAGACUGGCUUGUGGACAUUCGUUUUGUUCCAUUCCGUGUUUCAUUCCAAUGCAGAACAAUCCUAGUUGUGCGAUUUGCAAAGAAGUCGAAGGAGCAACGGCAGCAGAAAGUGAAGAGGAUGUAACUUGUGUGAUUUGCAUGGACACAAUCACAGACCAAAAGAAGCUAUCGUGUGGUCAUGUCUUUUGUGGUGAUUGUAUAAUGCAGUCAAUGGCACAUAAGCCGGCUUGUCCUGUUUGUGGGAAGAUUUUUGGAGAGCUAGAGGGAGACCAACCAACAGAUGGAACAAUGACUGUGACAAGAAAUACACAUCACUCUCUGCCAAGCUAUGAAGCUUAUGGCAUCAUAGAGAUCAAAUAUAAAUUCCAGGAUGGAAUUCAACAGGAAAAUCACCCACAACCUGGAAAGCCUUACAAGGGCACAGAAAGGCGGGCAUUCCUACCUGACAAUAGAGAAGGGCAGAAGGUGCUACGUCUGCUGCAAAAGGCAUUUGACAGUCGUCUGACCUUCACCAUCGGUUCAUCAAGGACAACUGGGCAGGAGGACGUGGUGACCUGGAAUGACAUUCAUCACAAAACCAAACGGGAUGGUGGUGCUGCAAAAUUUGGAUACCCCGAUCCAACCUACCUGUCACGUGUGCAGGAUGAGUUAGCAGCUAAAGGCAUCACAGAGUAGAACAACCGACAUAGGAGUGAUGUAACUUGUACAGACCACACUACAGCAUGUUGAUUUCAUGACAUGUUUUGUAAAUAGGAAUUAUUUCUGCGCUGGUGUAAUAUGUUUUAUAAACAACAAACUUACUGGUUUAUCAUGAUUCUUACUUAUGGAUUUUUUUUCAUAUUUUCAUUAUUGUUUAUAAAACUUGUUCAUGGUCUAUCGUUACUUGCCUCGUGAUGGUAAGCAAUCAUUGUGACUCGGUGCACAUCAGUUUGUAUAUUAAAAUCUGUUUCAUAUAUAUAAGAUCUUUUUUUCAUUUCAUAUGAAAUUUAUGAAACUUGUCACGAAUUUUUUAUUUUAUCUCGCCAGAGAAAUUGUUCAUAAAUCUCAUAUGAAAUUAAAACGAGUGUAAGAUCCUUUUUAUCACAUAAUCAAUAUUUGUGGCGUAUAUUCGUGUAAAAUGAUAAUUUUCAUGCAACCUUGAAAUGUAAAAAGCCGCCAUUUUGAAUCCAGUGUGUAUGUCUCUGACGUCGUGUACUUGUCCUACGCGUGACGUCACAAUUGAACGAAUUGAAACUUACAAACCAUUCACAGGGCUGAUGGGUCAUAUUACAUGGAUUAAUACGCUAAACAAAAUGACAUGACACCGGUCAUUAUGUGAUAAAAUCAUGUACAUAUGAUGAAUAUGAAACCCUUCCUGAUAUGUUUUAAAUAUUGCUUUGUGUUGGUUUGAAGUACGCGUAUAUACAUCCUUAGUUGAUAAACGAACUGAACAUACAUAUUGCUUUGUGUUGGUUUGAAGUGCAUCCUUAGUUGAUAAACGAACUGAACAUGCUACAAUACUUUCUGAUAUUCGAAUUGGCAUAAAUGAGGGCAUUGUUUAGUUCAGUUUGUAUUGAUUAAAAGACCUGUGGCAUUUUUUGUGGAAAAGAAGCUUGCUUUAUUUGGUCCUGUCAAUUUUAUAUAAAGAAAACGAAACUGUAAUCGUUUGUUUCUUAUUUGAGUUUCAUUAAACCUUGUGAUAAUUUUCCUAUAUCAAUUACGAAAAAAAAUGCAGUUUUAUUUGGAAAAACAUGAAAUAUAUUUUUCAAGCACUUCUAACUAACCAGAUUGUGUUUAUUUGUGCAGUCAGUCAGCGCAAUGAAACAUUACUGUCUAUACGAUUAUUUCUUAUAGUCGAUGUCACAGUAAACUCUAUCGUAUCAGUAUAUAAUUGUAUGAAUAUAACCUGUAUCAUAUACACAGUUCAGAUGUUGUUGGGAUUACUGAAUUUUACUUAUUUAGUCUGAUGUAAGAAAGAAAUCAGCAUGAAAAAUAUAAAAAAAAAAAACUUAUGUAUUUCGUAUUCUAUUUGACU